AUGAACUCAACAAAGGCAAGCCUAGGAGCGAGUGCCAAGAAAGCCCGGGGCAAGGACUACCCGCUCUGGGCCGCACAUCUGCUGAGGAGGACAUGCGCGCACCGCAAGAUCCCGAGGAUGUCGAAGGAGGGCGACAAGCAUGUCCUGGUGCAGGCCCUCCGAUCUCACGACGGCAACAUGAACCGGCCAUGUCCGUACUAUGACGACCUCAAUGCUAUCACAGCCGGCAAAUCUGGACGCAGAAACGGGGAGGAGGACGAGGAGGAGGGAGCCAUUCCUGCCAAAGCACUCCUUACGUUUCGAAAUGUUGUCGGGAUGGUCGCCAUAGCACGUGACAGUAACGUGCCGUUUCAAGUCGAUAAUGUGGAGUACAGUGUGGCGGACCUUUACGACGCCCUGGCCAAGGAAGACGAAGCGGGAAAGGGGGAUUCUGCGGGCGGGAGUACUCCCACUGGUGGUUCAUCGACGGGUGGUGCAGCCGGACCGGACGGGGAUGGUUCCGUCGGAGGGAGCGGCAGCAACACGGAGCGCAAGGGCCCACACUGCAUGAUGCGGCUCGUUGGGAUCCUGUGCGAAGACGCCAUCCGCCCACUUCUCAUAGAGAGCCGCUUGCAGGCGACCCGGCAGGACCUGGACACCUCAUCAGUCGGGCCGCGGAACGAAUUGUGGACAGAGGUCACCGCGCGCUUCCGAGACCCUGACCACCAGGUGAGAAAAAUCGUGGACGACGAGCAAGUGUCUCACGUCGACCCGAACAUCAUCCAGCAACCAAACAUCUCGGCGGAGAAGCUUUCCAGGAUGUGGGCUACGGCAAAGGCGAAGUGGAACCAGCCUUAUGCCGACUGGAAGAGUGAAUCCGGCAACAACCAGCCAUGGCUUUCAUUUUGUCAAGGGUGCACGGACACGUAUGUUCUCGGUUGCGCAAUCGAGAAAUACCCCGAGCUGAACCAAGUGUGCAACAAUCUCCUCCCCGAGGGCGCUCAGCGAGAGGACGACGGGACCGGAGAGGGCAUUGUCGGCACAGGCGGUGCCGACCGCCGGGCGGCCGCCAAGCGGGAGGGCGCCAGGCUCCACGAGCAGAACAGGCGGGGAAAAAAGCAAAAAAACAAGGGGGUGGGGCAAAGCGUGGCAGAGGCUACGUCCGCUGCCAUGAAAACCGCAAUCAAAGAUAUGGAGCCACUGCUGGAAAAGGUUGGGCGGAUCAGAAAAAUCAGAGUGGUACAAAAAAAAAGAGGAACACGCUUGCAAGACUGCUGAACA